CAUUAACUCCAGAGUUGAUAUAGUCCCAUCUCUCCAAGCACCAGCCCGUUUUCCUGCCUCCAUCCCAGCUCUGCUGUCCUUCCUUCCCUGCCCAAGCCUGCACCUUGCUCUGCAGCUCAGGGCAGUGACUGUUCCCAGAAGGAGAGCGGAGGAGCAGCGGGGUGGAUGAGAAAAGGAAAAUGCAGACAGAGAAGCACCUCACAGGAACAUUGAUCCUCUCCGUCUUCACUGCGGUGUUGGGCUUCUUCCAGUAUGGCUACAGCCUGGGGGUCAUUAAUGCCCCCCAGAAGGUGAUAGAAGCGCACUACGGGCGCGUGCUGGGCAUUGUCUCCCCAGACAGAUACUCCACCAAUGCCUCCGGGGAGGAUGGCACAGAGGGCACACUCCCACCCCCGACUGGCACCAGCGAGGACCUCGCUGCCUCCCCACACAUCCUCACCAUGUACUGGUCCCUGUCCGUGUCCGUGUUCGCCAUCGGAGGCAUGGUCUCCUCCUUCACCGUGGGCUGGAUCGGCGACCGGCUCGGGAGAGUGAAAGCCAUGCUGGUGGUGAAUGUCCUCUCCAUUGCUGGGAAUCUCCUCAUGGGGCUGGCGAAAUUUGGGCCAUCCCACAUCCUCAUCAUCUCCGGGAGAGCGGUCACGGGGCUGUACUGCGGGCUCUCCUCGGGACUCGUGCCCAUGUAUGUCAGCGAGGUCUCUCCCACGGCCCUUCGAGGAGCGCUGGGGACGCUGCACCAGCUCGCAAUCGUCACAGGCAUCCUCUUCAGCCAGAUCCUUGGACUAGACUUUCUUCUGGGCAAUGACGAGAUGUGGCCCCUGCUCCUUGGUCUGUCUGGUGUGGCUGCCCUGCUGCAGUUCUUCCUGCUCUUGCUGUGCCCUGAGAGCCCCCGAUAUCUUUACAUCAAACUGGGGAAGGUGGAGGAAGCUAAAAAAAAUCUGAAAAGGCUUAGAGGAAACUGUGAUCCAAUGAAAGAGAUUGAAGAGAUGGAAAAGGAAAAGCAAGAAGCUGCUAGUGAAAAGAAAGUCUCCAUAAGACAGCUUUUCACCUCUUCCAAGUACAGGCAGGCUGUCAUUGUGGCACUGAUGGUGCAAAUAUCCCAGCAGUUCUCAGGAAUCAAUGCGAUCUUUUACUACUCCACAAACAUUUUCGAGAGAGCUGGGGUUGACCAACCAGUUUAUGCAACCAUCGGUGUUGGAGUGGUGAACACGGUCUUCACUGUUAUCUCUGUCUUUCUGGUGGAGAAGGCGGGCAGGCGGUCCCUGUUCCUGGCAGGUUUGAUGGGCAUGUUAGUCAGCGCCGUGGCCAUGACAGUUGGGCUUGUGCUCCUGAGCCAGUUUGCCUGGAUGAGCUACGUCAGCAUGGUCGCAAUCUUCCUCUUUGUCAUCUUCUUCGAAGUGGGGCCCGGGCCCAUCCCCUGGUUCAUCGUAGCCGAACUGUUCAGCCAGGGCCCGCGCCCUGCCGCCAUCGCUGUCGCCGGCUUCUGCAACUGGGCCUGCAACUUCAUCGUGGGAAUGUGUUUCCAGUACAUAGCAGAUCUGUGUGGACCAUACGUGUUUGCAAUCUUCGCGGGUCUGCUCCUCAUCUUCUUCCUGUUUGCGCACUUCAAAGUGCCAGAGACGAAAGGAAAGUCCUUUGAGGAGAUUGCAGCCGUGUUCCGCCGCAAGAAGCUCUCGGCCAAAGCCAUGACUGAGCUGCAGGACCUGCGACGCGGCGAGGAGGCAUAGACAUCCCAUGCACCCAGAAAGGAGGGACUGGGCAUGCACGACUGGGCAUGCACCUCCUUCAGGCACCAUGGGAAGAAUGCUGGGCAAAAGUCUCGUUUCACAAAGACCUUGCAGCUGGCAGACCAGGAGGACCCAUCCACUGGAUUCCUUCUGGCUGCUGCAGUUCACACCUCCCAGCCACAGGUGCUAACCUGGCAUUUUACUCUGAGACACUUGGGACAAAUGGGCUGCAGGAAGAGCUAGGGAAAGGACAGGAGGAGUACAGUACAUGUCCAUCUCAAUGCCCUUCUGGGAGAGCCCAGUGGGACAGUGAUCUUACCAGACAGCAUUGAGCAGGGCCGUCUCUUAGCUGAAAUGAAGGAAAGAAGGGCUGGCUGAUGCUGCAGCCUCAUGUUUUACUUUUUUAUCCCCAUCUCUCUGCUUCAUUCUGCUGAGUGGUCUGGUGUCUUUAAAAUCCAACUGCUCAUGCAGUUGUGCCACCAGCAAACAGCACUGCUCACCCCAGGUGCUA